GGGUAUUAUACACGACUGAAAGAACUCUGGGAAGAACAAUCAUUUCUGGUUCCAAUCCCUUCCUGCAAAUGUGAUACUUCCAAGAUUUACUCUGAGGUAAUGCAACAGCAGAAGCUAUUACAAUUCCUCAUGGGCCUUAACGAUACUUAUGCUCAGGCGCGAAGUCAAAUCCUCUUGAUGAGCCCUCUACCGAUGGUGAAUCAAGCGUAUGCCAUGAUCUCUGAAGAUGAGGCUCAGAAAACCAUUACUGGUUCUACAAUGCAUGGACCAAUUGACGGGAUAGCAAUGGUGGCACAAAGCAGAGGACGUGGCAGAGGUAGGGGGAGGGGUGGAACCAUACUGGAAUGUUCUCAUUGCCACAAGAAGGGGCAUGUAAAAGAACAUUGUUAUCAGAUAAUAGGCUACCCUUCAGAUUUUAAAGGGAAUAGAGCUAAAACAAACAAGACAGGGGCGGCCAAUCAAGCAGGAUUAAAUGCCAAAGGUGAAGGGGAUUCUGAAGCCCAUUCAGCAAAUACUGUGAUAACCUCCUUGACACCAGAGCAGUAUGAACGCCUCCUGGAAUUAUUGAAGCAAGAUUCAGAGACAGCAGUCCAUGCCUUAACUGGUACAGAUGCACAACAGGAAACCAGGAGCAGUAACGAAGCUUCAGCAAGACCUGUUCGAGAGAGAAGAGCUCCAGUUUGGGCUAAGGACUACAUAUGCAACUUGGUGGCUGAUCAACAAGAUGGAUCAGCUGCUAGGAAGCAGAAGUGCAAGUACCCUAUAGAGAGUUACAUCAGCUAUGGUAAUAUUUCUCCUAACUAUAUGUGUUAUCUUUGUACUAUUGACUCUGUCUCAGAACCUUACUCAUAUAAUGAAGCUGUAAAGAAUUCAGAUUGGGUAAAGGCUAUGAAGUGUGAGAUAGAUACUCUUGAAAAUAAUAGGACUUGGGAUAUAGUGCAUCUACCUAAAGGAAAGAAAGCUAUAGGGUGCAAAUGGGUAUUUAAAAUGAAGUACAGACCAGAUGGGAGCAUAGACAAAUAUAAGGCUAGGUUGGUAGCUAAAGGAUAUACUCAAAGGGAGGGGAUUGACUACCAUGAGACUUUCUCCCCGGUUGUUAAGAUGGUAACCGUUAGAGUUAUUCUUAAAAUUGCUGCUGUAAAUAAAUGGAAUGCUUACCAUAUAGAUGUGAAUAAUGCAUUCUUGCAGGGAGACUUGAAGGAAGAAGUUUACAUGUCCUUGCCCCAGGGCUUUGAGAACAAGGGGGAGAACAUGGUGUGCAGGCUAAGAAAGUCUUUAUAUGGGCUUAAACAAGCCUCUAGGCAGUGGAACUGCAAACUAACUUCUGCUUUACAUGAUGCUGGUUAUUUUCAAAGCAAACAUGAUUAUUCAAUGUUUACUAAGCAACAUGUUGAUGGUCUUGUCUUAAUAUUAGUCUAUGUUGAUGACUUGCUGAUCACUGGAAACUCGAACAGGGAAUAA